AGCAACCCAGGCCCAGGGACCAGGGUGGGGGUGGGAGGGGGGCUGAGGGGAGGACCUGAAGGGGGGCGGCAAGGCAAAAGGGACCCCCGGAGCCCUGCCGCCAUCAGAGAUCAAGCAUCUGGCCUCAGGGAUCUUCGGACCCAGCAGAAGAAUCCGCCACAGGGGAGGUGUCCUCCCGGGAAAGCCAACGAGAGCUCCACCUGCCCCACAUCAGGAGUGCUCCCCCCCAACCCGGGCGCUGCUGGCAACCUACCAGGCCCCUAACCCCUAAGCCUCCAUCUCCAUCACCCUCCUCAGGCCCUUUCCCUGACUCCAGCUCUUAACCCCCAGUUCCCAGCACCCCAGAUACCACCCUAAUCCUCCAGAUCUUGAGCACACUGACCCCCAUUCUGGGAUAUUUGCCAGAUCUCUGGGAGGGAGAUCAUUUGUUUGGGCUAUGCCCCCUGGUGGCAUGACAGUGUCUGCCUAGACCCCUGACCCCUAGCCCUCAACUCCCUAGGCCUCCUUUGUGUGAAGAGCUGCCCCUCUGCUCAGCACUGUGGUUGGGGGCCAAAGGGAAAGCCAGCCCCGGCUGGGCCCCGGCCCCCACCACUUGCCUCCUUGCUGGGCAGCUCCCCCUGGCCUUUGGGCCUCUCCCUGCUCCCCUCGGCCCCUCCUCCUGGGCCGCCCCAAUGAAGGAGCCGGAUGCCAUCAAGCUGUUUGUGGGGCAGAUCCCGAGGCAUCUGGAGGAAAAGGACCUGAAGCCCAUCUUCGAACAGUUUGGUCGGAUCUUCGAGCUGACUGUCAUCAAGGACAAGUACACCGGGCUGCACAAGGGAUGUGCCUUCCUGACAUACUGUGCCCGCGAUUCAGCCCUGAAGGCCCAGAGCGCCCUGCACGAACAGAAGACGCUUCCAGGGAUGAACAGGCCGAUCCAGGUCAAGCCGGCCGACAGCGAGAGCCGAGGAGAAGACCGGAAGCUCUUUGUGGGGAUGCUAGGGAAGCAGCAGACAGAUGAGGACGUCAGGAAGAUGUUCGAGCCUUUUGGGACCAUAGACGAGUGCACUGUGCUCCGGGGGCCAGAUGGCACCAGCAAAGGCUGCGCCUUUGUCAAGUUCCAGACCCACGCAGAGGCCCAGGCGGCCAUCAACACCCUUCACAGCAGCCGGACCCUGCCGGGUGCCUCAUCCAGCCUGGUGGUGAAGUUUGCCGACACGGAGAAGGAGCGAGGUCUCCGCCGCAUGCAGCAGGUGGCUACCCAGCUGGGCAUGUUCAGCCCCAUCGCCCUGCAGUUUGGAGCCUACAGCGCCUACACCCAGGCCCUGAUGCAGCAGCAGGCAGCCCUGGUGGCGGCUCACAGUGCCUACCUCAGCCCCAUGGCCACCAUGGCCGCCGUGCAGAUGCAGCACAUGGCUGCCAUCAAUGCCAAUGGCCUCAUUGCCACCCCCAUCACCCCAUCCUCAGGAACAAGCACCCCUCCUGCCAUCGCCGCCACGCCCGUCUCGGCAAUCCCUGCUGCCCUGGGCGUCAACGGCUACAGCCCGGUGCCCACCCAGCCCACCGGGCAACCUGCCCCUGAUGCUCUGUAUCCCAACGGGGUUCACCCCUACCCAGCCCAGAGCCCCGCGGCACCUGUGGACCCCCUGCAGCAGGCCUACGCGGGGAUGCAGCACUACACAGCAGCCUACCCAGCAGCCUACAGCCUGGUCGCACCUGCGUUCCCGCAGCCUCCCCCAACCCUGGUCGCCCAGCAGCCCCCACCUCCUCCCCAGCAGCAGCAGCAGCAGCAGCAACAGCAGCAGCAACAGCAGCAGCAGCAGCAACGGGAAGGCCCUGACGGCUGCAACAUCUUCAUCUACCACCUGCCCCAGGAGUUCACGGACUCAGAGAUCCUCCAGAUGUUCGUCCCCUUCGGCCAUGUCAUCUCAGCCAAAGUCUUUGUUGACCGGGCCACCAAUCAGAGCAAGUGUUUUGGCUUUGUGAGUUUCGACAAUCCGGCCAGUGCCCAGGCUGCCAUCCAGGCCAUGAACGGUUUCCAGAUUGGCAUGAAGCGCCUCAAAGUCCAGCUAAAGCGGCCUAAGGAUGCCAACCGGCCCUACUGAGGGCCCCCAGGUCUGGAGACACCAGAGGAAGGGGCACCACACCCCUCUCCCCACGUCUGGUCCCAGCCCUCUCUGCACACCUGCCCGGGGCCUCGAUGGGGCUCUGGGGGCAAAAGCUGCUUCACAGGCCUGGGGGAACAGGACACCGGCCCACUCCCACCACCCUGCCCCUCCUGAAGGGCCUGUUUCCUCCCAGGUGCCCUUUUGGCCUUUGUGAGGGAGCAAGGGACAGGCUCAAAGGCUCUGGGCUAUCUGCCUUCUGCUGGGGUUCCUGUGGUGACCUUCUGUGCCCAGCUUUCGCACUUGC